GGCGCGCGCGCUGCUCGCCUGCUCAGGCACUCGGUUCAGAACGCGAGGCGCGCGCGCUUGACUCGGAGGUGCAGGGAGCUCGUGCGACAAACCGGAUGAGGAGCAGAACUUCAGUGUCUCACCUUCAGCGGUGCCGCUGCUCGUACUGAACAUGAUCACGGCGCUGGACGGCUGAUAUAUAUAUUUUUUUUUUCGUCGAGAAAAAAAAAAUAAAAAAAUAAUAAAAAAUCAACGCAGACGAGAGCGCGGAGGAUAUUCACGCUGAAGCGGUUUAUAUGUUUCGAGCUGCGGCGUAAAGGAGCCUCCUAGCAAGAGUGUUUUAUACAUACAUAUAAAUAUAAAAAAAAACAAGAACUUUUGGGUUCGGGUUUGCAAACCGUCCACCAUUUAUCCGAUUUUUUUUUGCACUGCAGUGUAAAGUUUUGGGUUUGAACCUGACGCGCAGCGCGACUCCUCAGUCGAACCCGGCUCUGACGCGUCUCCGCCGGCGCGGUCUCUCCCGGUGCUGUCAUGGGGAAAACUAGUGCAAAGACUGCGAAAGGGGACAGAGGGUGUACUGGAUUCUUAGUGUCUCACGUCGUUCGAACGAUUUUUCUCCUCGUCGCCUUCGUUGGUAGCACCAGAGCUCAAGCAGAAGAUGACUACUUGGGAUUGGGCGAGCUUCCCGAGACGUUCCCUUCGGACCCGCCCGAACCCCUCCCCCACUUCCUGAUGGAGCCCGAGGAGGCCUACAUCGUCAAAAACAAACCAGUCAAUCUAUACUGCAAAGCCACGCCCGCCACGCAGAUCUACUUCAAGUGCAACAGCGAGUGGGUUCCCCAGAAGGAGCACACGGUGGAAGAGCGCGUGGACGAGACCUCCGGUCUGGUGGUGAGGGAGGCGAGUAUCGAGAUCACGCGGCAGCAGGUGGAGGAACUCUUCGGCCUGGAGGAUUUCUGGUGCCAGUGUGUGGCCUGGAGCUCAGCCGGGACCACGAAGAGCCGCAAGGCCCACGUCCGCAUCGCCUAUCUCCGGAAAUCCUUUGACCAGGAGCCUUUGGGGAAGGAGGUGUCUCUCGAACAGGAAGUUCUUCUCCAGUGCCGUCCACCUGAAGGCGUUCCUGCUGCAGAGGUCGAGUGGCUGAAGAACGAAGAGGUCAUCGACCCUGCGGACGACCGGAACUUUUACAUCACCAUCGACCACAACCUGAUCAUCAAACAGGCCCGGCUGUCCGAUACCGCUAACUACACCUGCGUGGCCAAGAACAUCGUGGCCAAGAGAAGAAGCACCACAGCCACUGUUAUAGUCUACGUGAACGGAGGCUGGUCGACAUGGACCGAGUGGUCGGUGUGUAACAGUCGGUGUGGGAAAGGCUUCCAGAAGAGGACACGGAGCUGCACCAACCCAGCGCCCCUCAACGGGGGAGCCAUAUGUGAAGGUCAAGCCAUCCAGAAACUGGCCUGCAACCCAUUAUGUCCAGUGGACGGUUUGUGGACAGAGUGGAGUAAGUGGUCAACAUGUGGGACAGAGUGCACCCACUGGAGGAGAAGAGAGUGCAGCGCACCGGCCCCGAAGAACGGCGGCAAGGACUGCGAGGGCAUGGUGCUUCAAUCCAAGAACUGUACCGACGGCCUGUGCAUGCAGAGUUCCCUAUAUCAGAAGUCCUCUGAACCAAAAGGCAAGAGUGAUGAUUAUGGAUAUCCAUCCGCCCCAAGCACAGACGACGUGGCUCUCUACGUGGGCAUCGUUAUCGCCGUGAUCAUGUGCCUGGUCAUCUCCGUCAUCGUGGCCCUCUUCGUUUACCGCAAGAACCAUCGCGACUUCGACUCGGACAUCAUCGAUUCCUCGGCUCUCAACGGCGGCUUCCAGCCGGUCAGCAUCAAAACCGCUCGCACAGCCGAUCUCCUGACCGCACCUCCCGACCUGACCUCAGCGGCGGCGAUGUACCGCGGUCCGGUUUACGCCCUCCACGACGUGGCCGACAAAAUCCCCAUGACUAACUCCCCUCUGCUCGACCCCCUGCCCAACCUGAAGAUCAAAGUGUACAACUCGUCGGGCACGGUGACGCCGCAGGACGAGCUUUCCGACUUCUCGUCCAAGCUCUCCCCCAAGCUGGCGCACUCGCUCAUCGACAGCGACACUAUGGGCCGGCGCAAUCAGAGCCUGAUGCGCUCACGAGACCCGUCCUGCACCGCCUUCGGCUCCUUCAACUCCCUCGGAGGACACCUCAUCGUGCCGAACUCAGGCGUGAGCUUGUUGGUGCCAGCGGGUGCUAUCCCUCAGGGCCGGGUGUACGAGAUGUACGUGACGGUGCACAGGAAGGAGACAAUGAGACCUUCAGUGGACGACACUCAGACUCUCCUGAGCCCGGUGGUGAGCUGUGGGCCUCUGGGAGCUCUCCUCACUCGGCCGGUCGUCAUCACCAUGCACCACUGCGCCGAAGCCGACAAUGAGGAUUGGCUCAUUCAGCUGAAGAGCCAGACGCAGCACGGCCAAUGGGAGGACGUGGUGGUGGUAGGGGAGGAGAACUUCACCACGCCCUGCUACAUCCAGAUGGACGAGGAGGCGUGUCACAUCCUGACCGAGACGCUGGGGACGUACUGCUUAGUGGGUCAGUCGGUGAGCGCGGCCACCACCAAGAGGCUGAGGCUGGCCGUGUUCGGGCCCGUUACCUGUACAACGCUCGAGUACAACAUCCGCGUGUACUGCCUGGACGACACGCAGGAUGCCCUCAAAGAGGUGCUGCAGAUGGAGAAGCAGAUGGCUGGGAAGCUCCUGGACGAACCAAAGACCCUGAACUUUAAGGACAGCACCCACAACCUGCGUCUGUCGCUGCACGACGUCCCGCACACGCAGUGGAAGAGCAAACUGCUGGCCAAGUACCAGGAGCUGGCGUUUCAGCAGGUAUGGAGCGGCUCUCAGAGGAACCUGCACUGCACCUUCACUCUGGAGCGCUUCAGCGCGGCGACGGUGGAGCUGGCCUGUAAACUGUGCGUGCGCCAGGUGGAGGGCGAGGGGCAGAUCUUCCAGCUCAACACCACGCUGUUGGAGGACUCGCAGUGCAUCGACACGUCUCUGCUGGACCCGGCGAGUAACAUCACCACACUGGUGGGUCCCAACGCCUUCCGCAUCCCUCCGUCCAUCCGACAGAAGCUGUGCAGCAGCCUGGACGCCCCUCAGACCCGCGGCAACGACUGGAGGAUGCUGGCACACAAACUCAACCUGGACAGGUACCUGAACUACUUCGCCACGAAGUCCAGCCCGACCGGUGUGAUCUUGGAUCUGUGGGAAGCUCAGCACUUCCCCGACGGCAACCUGAACCGAUUGGCUGCCGUGCUGGAAGAGAUGGGUCGCCAUGAGAACAUUGUACCCAUGGCAACCGAGCACUGAUGCCCAACAGCGGAUGAUGGAAGGAGCGACGGGUGAAUA